AUGGCAAUGGACCCAGUUACAAACGUGCGCCGAAAAGAGCCCUUUAUCACACUGCAAGAGGUGGUACCGAUCGUCAGGCUGUUGGACCAGGUUCAUACACGGAAGCGGAUGUCAAUGGGUAUUCGGCACAUCUUCGCAAAGAUCCAAGAGUGGACCAGGUUGAUGUCAAACCACUCCAUGACCCAGGAGAUUCUCGACGAAUCUCGAGUGCUUGACCAUUUGAAGAAAUUCCUUUCGGACGACAAUGCGGCGCUCUGGCGGACGAAAGCUGUCCCAGAGCACAUCAUUGAAGACCUUACUUACCUGUGUCAAAAAUGGGAGUUCGGUGAUCUAGGCGUCCUCGCCCGUCGCGGGCUCCGCCUACAUGGACUCAAUGGCCUGCUGUUUCCAGACCCCGACUGGCCAUGGAAGCGCAGUGCCGACUUUUUCGGCCACGGCCAUCUCAUGAACGGCCAGACCUGGUGCUUCCGCGCUGAAAUGAUGCACGACGGGGCGCAUGCGCCGCCUAUCGCGGGAAUCUACGGCACAAAGAAAGAAGGGGCGCGAAGCGUUGUCAUGGGACUUCAUGACGAGGGCAAGGAACAUUACUAUGCCGACGUCGACAAAGGGAAUACUAUCUACUACUACGGAACCGCGCUACCUCGAUUGCCCGAUGAUACAGAGCCCACCAACAUAAAGGACCUCGUCACGCACCGGGUAGAGAGAAUCACGAAGAAUUCAAGAGGCCAAGGCCCAACAAACGCGACCAUGUCCCUCUUCACGUCGUACAGGACUGGUCGCCCUGUGCGGGUGUUCCGGUCAUUUCGACUGGCGAAAAUCGUGCCACAUCGGCCGAUCACGGGAUUCAGAUACGACGGGCUGUAUAUCGUCAUAGCACCGGAACUGGUCAAAAUUGAGCGCCAGAUUUACAGAUUCAAGAUGGAGAGAAUGACAACGGGGCAGGGCCCGCUCCGUCACAGCGAAACCCCUCUGCGACCGGAAAAUCGGCCCAGCCGAAAACGGAAGCGCGACGGUAGCUAA